UAGUUGUGAAUAAUUCGGGCAGUUACUUUGGUUAUUUAUACAUUUAUUGCAUUUUAAAAUUGUAAUCAUUACAGCAAAUAUAUUAACAGAGCAAUUUAAAGAGAGUAAUAUCUUUCCAAUUCCCUCUUAAAAGCUGAAAUAUUAGAAGUUCGCCGUACAUGCCAGGGGAAUGAAUUUCAAUUGUGUCAACAGUCAAUCCUAUAAAAACAAAAUGUAAUAAAAUACGUCUGGCAUAAUUAUCAUAAUCAUCAUAUGUAAUUACGUAUGUGUGUCGUAGAUAUCUGACAAAAGCAUUGAGUUCUAUAAUAACUCAAUGUAGAACUCAAUGGACAAAAGACAGCUUAAGAUUUCCAAAUAUUAAGGUUUUCUAAAUAUUUCAGACAUUUAUCGUUUAUCGUUGACCAGGUUAGAUGGCUGAUAUAUCAGAGGAUUCAUUGUGCAGUGUUUGUGGCGAGAUAAUCGAUAAAAACUCUGUUGAGUGUGACAAUGGUGUGAAGUAUUGUGCUCACUGUGGUUGUGUGAUGUCGGAAGAGACAAUAUUUAACUAUGAUAUUGCGGUUUCAUCAGAUCCGUACGCGGCUCUCAAUCGUCCCAGAUCAUAUUAUCAAGGAAAGCAUUCGAACUACAGAGUGCGUAAACUGCCUGAUGGCUCUGCGCCGGCGUCCGCGAGAAGGUUGAGGAGGGAUCUUCAAGGUGUCGCCUGGAGGUUGCAGCUUUCUCAGGAAAUCAUCAAUCAAACAGACAAUUUUCUCAUGGAAUGUUUAAAGCCGUUCAAAAACAUGAACAAUAAAAUGCGCCUAAUGGGUGCAUGUAUCUACAUCAUAACUCGUGAUAACAACCUAGCUCUUACACUGAAGCAAAUUGCAUCUGAGACUGGCACAACAGUUUAUCAAAUUGGCCAGGUUGUUAAAGCGAUAAAUGGUUUUUUCUCUUUGACUCACGAACCUGUUUCAAUUGAUGGCCUGAUAGAGAGAGCCUGCAGUGAUUUGACGAAUGCUGCGGCCUGCAUAGAAAUAGCGCAAGGACUUCAUAGUUUGAAUGAAGAAGCUUUGGUUUUGAAUGGUAACCCAUUGGCCAAAGCGAUUGCAUUUAGUGUACUUGCUUGCCUUGCUGUCAACAAAGACACAAAUGAGCCGACCCAAAUAAAGAGCAUGUGCUUGAAAAUGUCCCACACAUCUCACCAAACUAUUCAAUGCAACAUUCGAGCAUUAAAAAGUAUGAUGACUUUAUUACCUGCAAUACCGUGGAUUGAUAUGAAGUAUGUCAAAAGGAAAAACUUACAUUAUUACAUGAAAGAUGUGGUUAAUUUUCGCAGAACCAAAGGUACCUUUUCCCCAAAUCUUGAUAACCCAGAGUGGCGUAGAAAAAAUGACAGAAUACAUGCUCGAAAAGUGAAAAUUGAGAACGCUCAGAAGAGGGUACGCCAGCGGCAACUGUUGGAGUCCAGUUUUCCUAUAGAAGAUUCUACUGUGAUUAAUGCCUCUGACACAACUAUUACUACCAGUGUUACUGGCAGCAGUUCAAUUGCAACUGGCAAACAAUCCAGUGUUGGACAUGCAGCAUUAACAACAAGGGAAGAUUCUUCUGUUAUUGGUGAUGCUAACCUUGAUGAUGAAGACAAAAUUAUUGAGGAGUUGUUGGAGCUAGGCUGCACUCCUUCCGAUUUACUAGAGGGAUUUUAUGACGCGCUAAAAAUGACCUGCACUCCGGUCAGUCAAAUUAUCGACGACUCAGAAAUAGAAUUAUAUGUGAGAAAGCCAGAAGAAAUACAGGAAAUGGAAAGUGUAAUGUCCUUGAUGGUGGAAACACCACCAAAGAAGAAAAAGAAUUCAAAGAUUAGAAGGUUCAUGACGAAACCUCUUUCAAGGUCUUCAUUCUAACAUCUAGUUUUUAUACAUUUGUACACAAGUGCAAGUGACAAAUAAAUAUUCUUUUACUGGAGUAUUCAU